CUAGCUGCAACGAACAAGUCUCUUUUCUACCCAUUCCUCAAUCUCGAAUUCAACACAGCCCGCAAAAAAACAUAACUACAACAACAAUAAACCUACCUACAACCCAUCUACAUCAACAACAUCACCACUCCCCAUUACCACCACUGCCGCCACCACUUUCACUUCCACUACACCACCACCACCACCAUCAUCAUCAUCACCAUCACCAUCACCAUCACCAUCACCUCCUUAACAAUCGCAACUCACCGUCCUUACAACAUAGCAUCGAGCGCGCAAUCAUAAUAGAACCCCCACUCAACCACACAAUACCAUUUGUUUCGAUUCAAUACCCAAUACGAUAGAUACCCCAUACGCAAAUUGCUUUUACUGCACUACAUCUACAUCUACAUCUACAUCUACAUUCAACAUACAUCAUACAUCAAUCAAUCAGCCUCGACGCUACACAAUCACGAAUCAGAGAUUUUCCAAUCAUCCAGGUCUCGAAUUGAAGCAAUAUCUACACCAUCUGGCCAUCCUCGAAUACCAAAGUAGCAAUGACGAAGGAAACUUUAACCUCGGACAAGGUGAAUUAUUUGAUUUGGAAGUACGUGUUUCCUCGUGAUCCGUUCAUUCGGUUUUUUUCUUAUAGGUACGGAAUGAUAUUUGAGAUUACAUUUCGCUAACGGCAAUUAUUGGUAUUGCAUUACAGAUAUUUUUUAGAAUCAGGUAUGUAUAGUUACAAUCAGUGCAGUUACUCAAAGGGAAAAAGAAGAGGACGGGAAAGAAAGAAGAUGAGGAUAUACUCAAUCUCAUUCAUUCUUAUUUUUCUAUUUUCCUUUUUCUUCUACUCCCUCCUCUUCUGCCUUUUUACCUCGGGUAUUGAGCCUGAGGUCACAAAAAUGGUACUCGUAUUUUCAUUGUAUGGAGAAUCAUUGGACUGAUCAAAUUCUUUCUUUCCUUUCUAUUCAGGUUACGAAGAAGCGGCUCGUCACCUUUCCAAAGAGUGGGACGUUAAACAGCCAGAACUAUUACCAUUUGCGCCCCAUGUCGGAAAGCAUGCACUAGUCUCCGUUUUAAACAAAGGUCUUCUUUAUGAUGCAUACAAUAGAGAAGCAUCAAGGGUAUGUGUCUAUUCUACAUUCUAUGUUUCAAAUCCUCGACUCCUGUACGAUUUCUGUCGGAUUUAAUGCAUUUCACAAAUCAUUUGGGUUUUGCGAUGUUUACUUAUUUUUACAUGUUACAUUCAUCUAACCUUACUUCACACUUCACUUCACUACACUUCUUCACUUUACCUCGUUUUUUUUAACUUACUUACUCACUUACUUUCUUCUCAUCAUUCAAUUGAUUGAAAUCGAGAAUUCAAAUGGAACCUUUUAAUUAACAUGCUUCUUCUUUUAGGCAUUUCGACAACACCAAGGAUUACCUCAAAAUGUUUCAGAAUUACCGAUGGGAGUUUUUGGUCCCUUAGAAACAACAAACAGAACCAUACCAAUCAUUGCUUCGCCUCAAGAAGCCCCCAACAAUAAUGAAGACCCAGAAAUUGCCCGAAAACAUCAGUUAGAAGAGGAAUCAAAUUCAAUCCCAAAUGGUCCACCGGGAAAGAAACCUCGACUUACCAAUGGUUACGAAAAUGGAAUUUCAAAUGGAACUUCGAAUGGAAUGUCGAAUGGAAAUGGAAACGGGAAUGGAAGUGUGAAUUAUUACGAAUCAGCUUCAACACCCAUGGAAAUUGAUGGUGAUCAGAAUGGAGAUGGUCAUGCUUAUCCAUCACCAGAGCAAUUACCAUCACCAAUUACCGCCACCAAUGGACCAGAAAAAGGUACUCAAUAUGAUAAAGUUUCAAACCUCAAAACCGAAACGAUAUAUCUAGAUUUAUUGGACGAUAAUGCAUCGAAAUCGACCAUUUUAUAUCGUUGCGAAUGGAAUCCAAGAAUACCUCAUUUCUUGGCUGCGGGAGGUACCGAUUCAUUAGCUCGAAUGUGGGACCUUUCACGUACGGUUACUGAUCAGAGCAAUGGAAGUAAUACUCUUUCUAAUGCUUCAGACAUGAAUGGGAAUGGAAGUUUCCCACCAUGUACUCAUCUUCUCGAACCUCUAGCGCCCCAAACGACAGUUGUUAAUGAGCUUACCUGGUCAUCGGAUGGGAACCAUAUUCUUGUUGCCAGUGAGCAGUCUGAAGGAACAGCAAAUGUUGCUGUUUGGUCUGUCAAGGGUCAACUCUUGCAUACUUCUGCUCCAAUGGAAUCUCCAGUCAUUUCAGUAAGAUGGAAUUUCUCGAAUACAUUAUUUUUGUCGAUCUCUCCAAUUACAGUUACACCAAAUGCUAUUGGGACAGCCGUUACCAUCACUUCAAUGAUGGAUUUUCGAACUAUACAAUAUACAUUACCGUCGGUACCUCUUCUAGAAUACCCAUUAGAGGCUUUGUGGAUGAGUGAUGAAGAUUUCAUCGUGUACGGGGGCGAAUUCCUGGAGAUAUUUCGAAUUACUGAUGGAAUUGUUGAACAUGUAAUGAAACUUGAGCAUCGUGACCAGCAUCGAUUGUCUCAUGCUACUUUCGACAGGGUUUCUAAAUUACUUGCUACUGGUAGUGAAAGUGGUAUGAUUGAUGUAGGUAUCUUCACUGUUGAUUUAAUCGACUACUAAUCUAAUUUCUUUAGAUAUGGGACGAGCAUGGUCGUUCUCGAACAUUCAAUGCGCACACUGGACCAAUUACUUCCCUCGUAUGGCAACCAUUACCUUCUAACAUGGUGAACGAAAACGGUGAAAGAUUGCUAGCUUCAUCGAGUGAAGACGGCGCCAUUAGCAUUUGGAACGCCAUAUCCUCGGAGCCAAAGCAAAAAUGCUCAAUGACGAUCGAUUCAACUAGUAUUUUACAGUUAAAUUCACUUCAGAUGGUGCAUUCAUAGCUGGUGCCACUAGUGAUCGAGUUUUCAUUUGGAAAGUUGACGAUACCUAUAUUCCUCGAGCAACUUGGAAUAGACCACCUGGAAAUGGUUGGCAAACACCACAAUCAAAUGAAUCAAAUGGAGAAGAUGAGUAUGUCCUAAGUUGGGAUGCGAAUGGUCAAAAGUUGGCUUAUGGUUGUAGUAGUGUGGUAUGUAUUCCGUGUGGUCAUUGUCGAAUUAAUGCUAAUGAUUUGUAUAGUUGGCAAUCAUCAACUUCAGUCGAUGAUUCUGUGGCAAGAUCGUCGUGGAAACAAAAAUAAGACAGUCGACUGUUGACAUUUUCCUGCGUCACUUUGAAAGUAACGAGAGAUGAUAAAAAAAAACGUCGAGUAAGACUACUUACUAUUAGCAUGAUGAAGUAGAAGAGAUACUUGUCCUUCACAGAAUGCAGUAGUUGAAAUGGUCAUAGAUAGAUCAUACAUCUCGUCUUAUCUACUACAGUAGAGAAUCACCAAGUCGAAGAUAUGGAGUUGCAGGGAAUAAAUGUAGGAGAGGAGUCUGGAGUUUGGCAAGUAAGGGCAAAAUAAGAAAAGGUGUAUCCGGCAUAGAUUAAUGAUUGGCACAUACACACGGGGCCAUUCGACAUUGGCGGAUAGGUAGUGGAUGGACAGAAGGACGCAUCAUGGUACGAUUGAUGAUUAUAUAUGUAUAUGAUAAAAAUGUUAGAUAAUUGAGGGGGGCGCAUUGAGAUAAGUAAUUUUGAGGUACGGUGGAAUGAUUGGAUAGGAUAAAUUUUUGGGGAAGUGGGAUAAGAUGAGAUGGAAAAAGGAUUGGGGUUGGUGAAGUGCUUAUUUAUAGAUAUAAUGGAUAUAUCUGGGGAGAAUGAAGAUGAGAUAGGAUGGAGAGAUAAGAGUUGGGAGAUGAGAGAGAGGAGAUGGGGCUUCGGACGAUCUUGUCAUAGUUUGUGAAGGUAGGGGAGAGGAGAGAUGGGAGGGAGAGAUGGGAGUGGAGAAAGACUGGAUGGAGAUGGA